AUGGCGAACUUCUUUCUUUGGUCGUUUGUUUUUGCUUUUUCGAUUAUUUUAAUUCAAGGGAAAGAAGUUCCAUUGGGUGUCCACCCUUCAAAUGCUCCCUUUUAUAUUGCUAGCAAACCGUUCACAUGCUUGGAUAAAUCUGCGACCAUACCUUGGCACAAAGUAAACGAUGACUACUGUGAUUGUCUAGAUGGGUCAGACGAACCGGGCACCUCGGCUUGUCCUGAUAUGAAGUUUUAUUGUGCUAAUGACGGACAUGUGGGAGUCUUUAUUCCUUCAGGCUAUGUUAACGACAUGGUUUGCGAUUGUUGCGAUGGUUCCGAUGAGUACAACGGACGUACUAAUUGCAAUAACACCUGCAGUACACUUGCUCGCGAAAAAGAGGAGUUGCUUAAGAGAAAGCGUGAAGAUUUCGAGUUUGGGCACAAAAUCUAUAAUGAAUAUGUGACCAAAAAAGCCAUCGAACUUGAGGAGGAAGCGAAACAAAAGGCGGAGGAAGAAGAGCGUCGUAAAAUUGAGGAGGAAGAAAAGGCGAGGUUGGCAGCUAUUGAGGCCGAGAGAGCGACAACUGUACCAGAAACCCCAACUGAAUCCACCAUGGAACCAUCCAUUGUCGAUACUCCCGUAGACCCCGAUUUAACUAAUCAUUCUGAUGAUGCAGUUAAAGAAAUCACCGAAGACGAACACCAUCCUGAUGCUCCAGAUUACCCAGAAUCGAAACCAAUUGACUACGGACCAGACAAUGGUUUCAUGAUGCUUAUAGAGCCGUCCACUGGUUGUCUGGAGUAUUCAGAUAAACAGUACACCUACUCACUCUGCGCCUUUAGUGAAGUUCGUCAGCGAAAUGUCGGUUCUCCAGCAGGUUCUGGAACCCUCCUUGGCAGAUGGAAGGAGUGGGUUGGUCACCCAAGAGAUUCCAUCAAUUGGACAAAGGAGGAGAAGUUUGAGAAACUGCUUUACAAUGAGAUGCUUUAUGAUGGUGGGGAGACCUGCUGGAAUGGACCUAGCAGAUCAGCUAAGGUUAAAGUAGCUUGUGGAGUAGAGACUAAAUUGUUAUCCGUGGACGAGCCAUCUCGAUGUAUCUAUCUUAUGAAGUUGGAAACACCAGCUGCCUGUCAUCAUAAACCUGAGAAACUCCUUCAAAUGCAUGUAGAGCUUUAA